GGGGGGAGAGGGCGUGGCUAGAGCGGCGCGUGGGUUCGCUUGGGUGACACAAUUAUAACAACUUUAUCUUCGCGACCGAAACGCGUUUUAUUGUCAAAUACUCACAUCUUGGAUAUUGUAUUCAGUCAUUCGCAUUCAUAUAGCGGUGCAGUUUUACUUUGUGAUGAAAAAUGUGACGUUUUAGGAGCUACCCGGAGAGCGCUUCUGUCCCCCCGAAAGGAUUUACUACAUCGAAUCGCAUCUUUUCAUCCUGGAAAAAAAGUUUUUGAUCAUUUUGUUUCCUUCAGUUUUUAUUUUUUGAUUCGGCGGAGAAAAGCGCUCUUCCCCGCGUCGCAAUUUUCCAUGCAAUCGUGCGGUGUGUCUGUCGCCGUUGCUGCCUGCGCUGCUGCUCGGAGUCUCGGCUCGGCUUCUUCUGGUGGUGAUGAGGGAAAGAAAAUGGCGGCGGGAAAAGCGAGUGAAACAGAGGAGGACUUUCCGACACUGACAGCCCAGGAGAGGGACAGUUUGGUCGGGAUCGACAGGUCGGAAUAGUUACCCCGUGCACUCACACUUACGCACAGAUUUAAACUGAAUGCUUUUCUUUCCUUACACAUCGAAAAUGUUUCAAAACCGCCCUGCAAGUGGUUCUGAGCCGCCUAUGUUGUCUUCUUGCUUGCAGCUCACUGUUUGGAUUUCAGAAGCUUCAUGAAGAUGGCGCCAGAACGAAGGCCCUGUUGAUGAAGGUAUAGCACAUUCAACCGGGUGUAUUUUACAACUAAGCAGUACUCCACUUUAUAGAUCUAACUCCAAGCUCUUACUCAUCAUGCAUGGCGGAGAAUUUGCUCUCACUGUAGCGAGUCAGUCAGAAUGCAAGUGGCCCGCUCCGCUCAGGAGACCAAGGCCAGCUAGCCGCAGCCUCUCUUGUACGGCACGGGCCCACCGAAAGCGAACUGCCGCGCGGCAAAACUCACUCUCAUUCAUUGUGUAUUGCAAGCGACCGCUUCGCUUCUGAAAGCAUGCUAGGAUACCCAGCGGCGCGUCAUUGACUGGUAGCGCCACUUUAACAGCCAGUCCUAUUCACUAUUGUCAUUAUAAUCAAGUUAAAGGGAAUACUGAUGUACCGUCAAGUAUUAUGGCGUUAAAUGACGCUUUUAGAAUUGACAGAACUCUUAAAUACGACGCCAACGUUACGGACCCACUGCGUGCGACCUAUUCACCGAAGUAGCGUCCGUCCAGCUUCGUUGGUCACUUGUUGUCUUAAAUUCAAACAGCUUCUCUCUGGGGCGUUUUACUUAACACAACACUGACGUUUUCUUCAAAUUUGUGAAAAUGAACUAGUGAGGGAGCACAGAUGUUGUAAAGUAACACAUCGAGCCUGGUUCGCGUCGCUAGGCAUCCCAGCAUGCUUUGAGUAGCGAUUUAGUCGCUUGCAAUACACAAUGAAUGGGGGGCGAAUUUUCAACCGCGUCAGUUCGCCUUCAGUUAGUCCACAUCGUUAGCCGCUGAGCUAGCUUUUUAUCCAGCUACUCUCAUCAGAUGAACAGCGACUCUGCACCUGCUAAUACGCUGUGUCGUUAGCCUAAAGAGCUGUCAAAAAACGACUGAAUUCUAAAUACACAAAACUGUCUUUUAAACGGUUAUGUUUAUUCCCGUCUGUUGGGCAACCGCCCUCCCUUGCUAGCUGCGAGCUAACGUUAGUCCAUACAGCGUAUUCUUGCAAGUGGACCACCAACAACAUUACGUCGUCACCGUUUUGUGGAAGACAUUUAUAAAUGCAAACACCGACUUUACUUAUGGGAAUUAAGCUUCUCUGUGAGAUUGUAAAAUCAUAAAUGUUCUAAGCCAACAACCACGUAGGAAUCCGUAUUUAGCCACGAUGUUUGAAACGUUGGUGGAAGUAACGUUGUGGCUUUCGGGGUGCACCAAACACAGCGUACCUGUUUAUGGCCAAAGUUAGCUUGCAGUUAUACUAAUGUGGGGCCUUUUUUGUCACGAGUACUCGUAACAUCUUAUUGCCUGACAAAACACACCCCAGGAGGUGUUGUGGUCGUGUUUCGUUUAGUUGACAAACGUUACAAGUAACGUUAAUGGCUGGCUGCUCGUCCAAGAUGGCGGGAUAUGGCGGAGUGACAUCGAUAGCCAUAUAACCAAUUUGAUAGGAAUACAUCGCCCUGUUUCUCAAGAGCUGCUGAAGUGUUUUUGAAGUUUCCCAUCAGGUCUUAGCUCUUUGCAAAGAUGUGUUCCUAAUGUCGACCACAGUGUUGUCAGUGCCCUUUGUUUACAGUUUUCACCCCCCUGUUUGUCACUGCAUGUGCUCACGGACUCGAAAGCUGCGUGUUAAACAGAUUCUGUGAACCUGUAACAAAAGAGCAAAGCACCUGUACUGUGAGUUUAUAUUGAACCCUGCAGGAAAUAGAGAAGAUGGGGCUGUUGACAGCUUGUGGUGCGAGGGGCCAUCCACAAAUAUGCUCGCUAGGUGGUGUGGGAUACCUAGGAAGUGUGACUGCUCAUUUAGCAUUAGCUGCAGAUAGCACUUUUGAACAGUUUUUGCUGGAAAAUAUGGAGACCGUGCAUUGCAGAAAGAGGACUAAGCUUUGAUGAGACAGGCGCAGUUCCUGUGUCCAGAGCAGAAGAAGCUCACUAAUGUAAUCUCUCCUUAAAAGUAGGAUUCAUGCAACAAUUUUGCAUGAUCUAUUUUCAUUAAAUCUCUCUAUUUUGAUGCCACGUUUUUCAUAAUGCCUUAAAAAUUUUGAUUUGCACAAGAGAUGCUUCAUAUACUUUUUGAUAUGCUGGUAAUUUUAGAUGAUUUUCGGCUGGCACUGAUACCAAUACAUACACCCUUUUUGUUACAAUAAAUAACACUAUGUCUUCCCUGUGUUAAAAUUAACCUAUUAUCCUAAUUGGUAGUGUAUUUUUUCUAGAAGGAGGCAUGAAAAGAAGAGAUAAAUAAGUGAAUUGUCUUGGUUUGGUUCAGGGUGAUAGUUUGGGAUGCACACUUAAAUUGAUCGUGAUAAAGAGGUGUUUUUUGUUGAUGUUGCUUUUUGCAUCUCACAUGCCUCUAAAGCACUGCAAAUAGCUACUCUGGAGUGUGUUUAAUUGUACUUCUGAUCCAUAAGAGUUGUCACCCUGUGAAAAAUGUUGAUUAAUACAGAAUUAAAUGGUUAGCAAGUCAUUUAAACCCUGGAUAUAAUUGAAAGUGGUGUAAAAGUAACAUACCAAAUAUUAAAAAUGAAAAUCUAUGCUCAUUUUAACUCAUCUCAGAGCAGAUAGACUGGGGCAUGUUUGCCAUUGAAUUGCAUUACCUUUUCUUUCAAUAACAUUUUGUAAACACUUUUUUGAUUCAUCAUUCAUUCAGGACAAUUUUUCCCUGCAUGUGUGGAUGCAGCAACAAACUGUUGUCAUCAUUUAUGCAUCACCAGAAAGGAAGAGCUUUCAUGUCUUAAGAAGCGUAUUUUGAAGCUUUUAUCUAUAGAUGCUGCUACUUUUUUUAUAUCAGGCAUCUAUAGUAUGCACUUUAAAAUACUCGCAAAAUGUUGUGUUUAAGUAUUAAAACAGGUUACGUUGUGUCUAACAUGAACAAUCUGUGGAUGGGCUAGUUGUCCUUAUGGUAGCACAGCCAGCUCUUGCAUCAUAGACGGCGUCUGUUGCUAGACUUUCCUGUUGCUGUUGCAGCCCGGCUCUCGUGAAUGCUUAUAAAAACAUGUACAGAUGGGUGUCUAGUCAGGCUAAUUUAUGACCUUGCCUGGCUUUGUGUGUAACAUUUUGUAGCCUGACUGCAGGAUCCGAAAGAUAACAUGGCUUAUGUCAUGUCAGGUGAAUUAGAAUACUAAACUGAGAGGUGUGUCUUGUUACAGGUGCUGCGUUGGUAUUCACAAAGAUGCCAGAUUUUAAAUCUAGAGAGGAGAAAGAUGGCUUGAUUCUGAAUAUGCUGGUACCCAGAGGUUGUGUGUUAAAAAAGGGAUGUUUUUUUUUUUGGGCAUUAAGAAGCUAAAAUAAGUUCCUUAAACAUGAAAUUGAAGUUAGAAAUGGCUAAUUUCUCCGUCUUGAAGUCAGAUCAGCUUUAUUGUUGUGCAGGUUUUCUUUUUUUUACUUUGAGUAACAAAGAUGAUUAGUUGUUGGUGUCUUAAGAACAGUAAGCCUGUCUUAAGUCUAGACACAAUGCCAUCCAGAGUUGAACCUCUUUCUCGAUUCUUAUUUCAUUGAUUUUUAAUGUGUUGGCUUCCUGCUCAUACAUACUCUACCCUGUCUGGCACGUCGCAGCACCUACCUCUGCAUGGCUGCACAGCACUGUUGCUCCAUCUACAUGCUGAUAACGAAUGGUUUAACAAACCUGACAGAUCUAGGUCACUGUAUCACCAAUAGUUACGAGGUGGCGAUGACGUAAACUUGGAAGACGAGCUUUGAAGUUGAGUUUCUUCUUGAUAAACACAUGGUGAUGAUUUUCAUUUCAGCUCAGGAAGAGGGGUCUCCGGGUUUAAUCCUGGGGCCAUUUUGGGUGAAGUUUGCAUUUUCGCCUUGUGUACGCAUGGACUCCCUUCAGGUCAGGGAGGCAUAGCUAAAGACAUGAAUAUUAGCGAUUAACACUGCUUGUGAAUAAGUAAUCCGCAGACCUUGAGCUGUAGGUGACCAUUCUGGUAAAGUUAAGAGGUGGAUUGCAGCAAACAGUCGUUCCCAUGAUUAAAUAACUCAAAUAUUAUUCACAUUGAACCGUUUAGUUCAACAGCCUCAACAGGAUCAGAUAUCCAUCCACCACAGAUAUGAAAUUAGCUGGAACGCAAACAUAGAAAUAGAAAACUUUCUUUCUUUCGCUUCACUUUGACCUGUUGAGGCUCACUAUUUGAAGUGAAAGAAGUGUCCAUACAUCUCCAUUCAAAUGAGGAAGUUCUCCUCAUCUCACUGUAUGAUGUACGCGGCGGAUCAACAGUUUGACAACCUCUCCUGCAAAGAAGAUGUGAGAAAGGGAACGCGAGGUCUGUGUGCCGCGAUGGGCAGUCAUGAUAACCUCUGUCACUGAUAAGCCACAGUGCAAGAAUGUCUCUCCUUUCUCCUGGCUGAAUCAUUGAAUGAAAUAUGUACUCCACAAAGGUUUAGGUUAUCAUUGCAUCAGUUUGUACCUGAGCAUGGUGGAGUGAUACCUGUUUGUACAAAGGUUUUUCAGAUUCUUAUGCAAUGAUAUCCAGCAAGCAGAGGCCUCCCAACAGUAUUCACAUCGUAGGAAGUUUAUUAAUUCAGGAGAAAGCAUCUAUGUGUCAUUUCCUUUUAAUGGGGGGUCCCAACGCAUAUGUUUGAACCUGUAAAGAUUUGAAAAACUAAUAUUGUGCAACUUUUCCUCUCUGUUGUGCAUAUUGUGAAAAAAAUGACACAAAAAAAUGCAAGGAAAUGUACACAACAACUAGAAUUUUCUAUAUAUGACACUGUCAUUGGACACAAAUUUGGAAAAAGCCCUCAAGUCUGUGGCUCUGCUUUUACACAAACAGCGGACCGAAAUUUCAAACAUGCCGGAAAUUCAUCCAGCUGGUCAGGAGCAGCUGAAGGGAGCAUGUAGCCGAGCUGUAAUUGUGUCCAAUUCAAUCAACAGUGUGUUUUGAAGGUCAGGCUUGUAUCUGCACUGUCUAUGAUUGGCCGUACUGUAUAGAUAAGGGAACUAAUCUAUACUGAGGACCCGCAACCACUAUGCCAGAUGGCUAUAGGUCCUUACACACCGGGAACGACGCAAAUAUCUGACACGAAAUUACGAAAUAUUCAGAGGCGAAUUUGACGUGCCUGACUAUACACAUCAAGCGCGAUGCGAUUUAGCGAUUUGUUAUACCGGUGAAUCUGACGUCGCAACAACAUGCAAUCUGAUUGGUCAGAAGUGGACACACUGUAUUCAAAACCUUAGAAAAAUGGACCGUGAUACAAAAAAAAAAAAAAGCCGCAAUAUCGCAGGACGGGAAAACUUAGCUGAUGUGAACGCUUGUAUUGACAGGAUACGGGUUCAAAAACGAUUUUAACAUCUGAAAUAAUCGCAGGAAAAAAGCGCUCCCAUUAUGUAAGGACCUUAAAUCACCUGGUGAGUUCUUAAUAGUUUGCUGAGUUUCAUGUAGCUUUAAACGCAGCAAACCAAAGUCAACCAGAAACUUGACAAUCACUGAAUAUGCUUUUUCACACUUUGUGAAAACUUUUCUUGAAAGUUAAAACCCAAACGAGACAGAAGAUAUCCAUUUUUUGAAGUGAUACUGCCUUUAACAAUCUUUACCUUGAGAUAGAUAAUGUAGAGGACAUUUCUCUCAUGUGGAAUAUGAGGAGGACUAAGCUGCAGCUCCGCAGAAACACUGCAGCGAUAGAGCAGCCCAGGACACAUCGCUGUAGUUUUUUGUCGACCACCAGGUUCUAAUGAGAACCUGAACCAACUCGGGGAAAACACCAGCUCUGUUUUUGUGCAUGGGUGUAAAUAACUGAUACACGAAACCGAAACAAGUGAAAGACAAAUUCAAAACUCUCGUGUGUGUCGCAUGAGUUUCACUCAUUCAUUCAGCUAUGCCAUGCCUUUGAAUGACAGAAGAGCAGUCCGCUCUGCAGACCAGCUGAGCUCUCUGUGAUGUGACGUCAGUGUGGAAACAGAGAAGUACCGGCGUAGGUCACUCAGGGGUUUAUUUGCCUCGGUGUGGAAAGCGGCAUGGACGAUAUGUGCCGGGUUUCUCUUUACAACUUGGACCACGUCGGUGGGCUCAGUGUAUUGAUGAGUCCUUCAGCUGGAAAAGGAAGAGCAGCAUUAGCCUUUUUCUACAUUACAUCACUGCUGACUUGACCUGACUUUAAUUUGGGAUUGAGAAACUGAGAUUUAUGCAUUUUAUUAGAUGAAUAAAUUAGCAGUGCGUGAUUUCUACCUCCUCCAAAAGAAAGAUUUCCAUGACUGUUUACACCGAAUUCAACUUUUAAGAUUUACAAUGAAUGUAAUUAGUACACUAAUCUGAAAUUGCCACUAAUUUAUAUCACAGUGCUGAACCCUCAGUGGCUGCAACAUCUCAACCAGCACAAAUACUCCACCAGUACCCAGCUGCAUCCCCCUCCUCUGUGAGUCACAGCCCUUUAAACCAGGAAUGUCCUAACCUGACCCUUUAGUGAACUCUGUCGUGUUUUGUUCGCCUCACGCUGCCACAGUUCCUGCUCUUCAUAACCAUAACUUCUCUUUACCUGCACGCGUUUGGCUCCAGUGAAAAUGUAACAGUGAGAAUGUGCCACAUCAUAAGAUCGCACUGGGGAUGAACUCUUGUUUUUCUGCCUGAGUUGUGAAAGUGCGACGGAUCACCGUUCAUCCAUGAUCUGUAUGAACGCUUCACAUGCGAUCCAGAGACUUUGCAGGCAAUUACUCUGUGCAGAAAUGAGCCGUUUUAUGAUCAAACUCUGAAACUCAAACUCCCUCAUGUCUCUGAGUGUCUUACUGGAUACCUUGUGUAUAUUUUCAGCUGCCAAACUAUAAUACCAACUAUUUUAACCUCCUUUAUUUUUGAUCUGUAUAGAUUUUACAGGAAAACCGAGGAUUUUGUUGCAUUAGUUUAACCAAAAAUGGACUUUAAAAAUGUAUUGUUCAAUUGAAAAAUGGCAAGCUGGGUAGGAAACAAAGCUUUGACAGAAGAAGAAGCGACGUAGAUCAGACAAAGCUGACCUUAAAAAAAAAAAAAAGGUACAAGAUGGCCAUCUCUGUUAAAUAAACUCGACUGUCUCUUGUUACUUCAAUGUCUGAUAACCUGCUGUGAUUAAGGUGCAUACGAACCUUCUGAUACCGAUCAUCACGGGUGUGCGAUACCGACAAUAUCUCUCUCUACUUUGGGGAAUUUUGUAGAAAACUGACUGCUGAUAUUUUGCAUAAAGUACUAGUAAAACUGGCUGUUGUUAAAACUAUUCAAGUCGUUAUUUAUAUGAAUUAAAACAGCUUAUUAAAAAACGUCUCAGUAACUUGAAGGUGAAUGUGAGGGAGAUGGACAGCAUUCUCCUCACUGAGGUAGAAAAACCAUACAUAGAUGCAUAUUGACUUAUGAGUUUGUCCUGUUAGGGUGACCAUAGUUACACAGCACACUUAAGUUUGAGGUUUGUCCUGGUAGACUUACCAUAGUUGCAAAGUAAAUUGCACAGAGCCAUGUCAAAAGUUGAAGUUGAAGCACCGUAAGUUGUUUUAUAUCUAAAAAGUCGGAGAAUAAAAAUAAAACGCUAAUAGCGCAAGCAUCCCUAUGGGUUUUUCAAUGUAAAUUAGCGUCAUGCUAAUUCGUGUGUUAAUUCAGUUGUAGCUUAGCCUGCUUAAAUGAUUUACCUACAUUUAGCCUAUAUGACUGCUGGAUUUAUGGUGUUUAUGUAACUUCUGUUAAGUGUUACAGCUUUAGUUGUGAUAUGCACCUUAUUUGUAUGUUACAGUUUUUGUAUUGUUGAACAUAUUGUUUAUUGCAAAUACGUUUUAAAGUAAAUACCAUUAUGAUUUCACUUGCGAGGGAGGAGAGGAGACUGCUGUAAUUAAGGGGAAUCAACUACACCUGCUGUAAUCAAGCGGAAUCAACUACACCUGCUGUAAUUAAGGGGAGUCAGCUACACCUGGGGAGUGUGGCUGUCUACUAGGUGGUUGAGACUUAGUACCUUGUGUGUGAAGUGUGAGUGUAAAUGAAAAGAUACAGGCCAGAGCUCUGGAACCUGUUGUCUUGUGCUCUUUGUUCUGCCGUCCUGCUGUACACCCUCUCUGCCCUCCGUUCAUCCCGUUUGUAGAGGAGUACCAACAGCUAAAACCCUACAGUGGGUUAUUCAAGUUUAUACAAAAACAUAGAAAUCACCAGAACAGAUUAAACAGUGUGAGUAAAACAUUUCAGAGUUGCAAUGGAGUUCUUGAUAUCGACCGAAGCUGACCGAGUGUAUGUUUGUUUCUGCGGUAACUUGGUCAUGGUGGACCGCUGUUGGUCUCCCAUAGCUUUUCAUUUGCUUCAUAAUCCACGUGACGGUUAAUUUGCAGUUAGAGAAACAAGCUAGUUAGUGAGAUGUCUUAACUGCUAUGACAAAGACCUAACCACCUUCAUCCAGCAAGUAAAUCUAACUACGAUUCGGAGGCUGGUGGUGUUUAUUGCCUUGUUUCAACUGCAGCCAUGCAGGCAGCUGUGCUAGCUUAGCCUGUUGUAAUGUGUGACCAAUGCACAUGUGUAGGAGUCUGUCCCACCAGGCUUGAUUAUUUUUAGUAUGUUUAGUGUGUUGACUCUUAGGAGUGUUUUUUUGUAUAAUGAGUGGCAUAAUCAAUGUUGUCUUUCCACUCAUGUUAGAUUUAACCUUGGAUGAUCCACAGUAUAUCGCACACCCCUAUAUCACACUUAAUGUUACCUCUGCUGUCACUUUAAAGGUUCUCAUGAUCUUUAAUUGACGUUAACCCACAAACAAACAAACUAGUAAUGCACCUCCGUGAUACUUUUUUUAACACGCCACAGUUCAGGAAAGAUGCAAAUGAGAAAUGACGCCACAUUAGAAAAAGCACAGACAUUGUUGCAAAGCUGCAGGAAGAGGAAGCGUGCAUUUCCAGGGAAGAACUGUAUGAUUACAUGUACAAGAGUUCAAAGAACCGUCUAAUAUUUAGUUGUCUAUUUUGCUCGCUUGGUGUUACCACAGUAGUGCAUAAUGUUUAACAACUUUUAAGAAUAUAAAGUAUGCAGAUAGUAAAACGCUUAGUGUGAAUAAGUUUUUCUUAUCUGUAUCAGAUACUGUAAAUUGGUAAUAAAAGUGUUUCAACGUUGGCAGGGCUCCCCACAGAGUUAAGCCAAUUGCUUCUUAAUAACAGCUCCAACACAGCGUGCUUCUUUAACUCUGUAGAUUCUAUAGUUUAACUUUGUAUCUGUUUUUAUCAAGACAGAAAGAUUUAUAAUUGAUGUCACAAAAGCUCUCCAAGCACAGGUCCUUAUCUACAAACUCCAUUCCAGUCAGUUAGUCGAGUGCUGAUGUUUAUCGGCUAGAAGAAUGCGAGUCCACUUGGCCCAAAUUUUGGAGCUGACGUCAGCCGUGCUGUGACUUUGAAAAGUUUGUUUGACUUCACUCUCUCUCACUCUCCUCUCCUGUAACAAACAGGGACUUUUUUUUUCUCAAGGAGCAAGACUGAGUGCAGAUUUAACACACACACACUCUUUCACACACACACACACACACGCAGAUGAACCAACAUGUUUUUGUCUUCCUCCUCCAGGCUGUCCGCUGCUACGAUUCGCUCAUCCUGAAGGCCGAGGGCAAAGUGGAGCCUGAGUUAUUCUGCCAGCUCGGUCACUUCAACCUCCUCUUGGAGGAUUACCCAAAAGGUGAGUAACCCUCCUCUUUACCUGCACUCACAUGGUGUGUAGAGUCAUCAGUGACUGUUCAGAGUUGCUUCAUCAAAUGUGCUCUGUCAAGGGGAUUUCCAUUAUUAGUACAUUAAGGCCCUGUUUAAUUAUGUCAACAUUUUGGGACGUAAAUGAUGUAAAUGUGUGCAGCAAGUUUUGGAAGAGCUUGAGUGGAUUGCUACAGGGGGCACUUUUGUCACUGAUUUGGAGUAUGAGAAGAACUUUUGUUGCUAUUUCCUUGUUUUUCUUGCUGUAGUCUUAGCCUUUCUGAUUCUUCACAGAAUGUUUUCUCGGUGAACAUUUAGAGACUUUUUAAAACGAAUGGAUGUCUACAUUUUUGGAAGCUCUCUGAUUAAGAAUAAGAAGAACUUUAUUUAUCCCCGAAGUGAAAUUUAGUACACUACUUAUUACUUACACUACAUAUUGCCUCCCCGCAUACUUGACGUUCACAUGAUACCUUCUUUGUCAUCAAAAAAAGUGAGCUGUAAUUUUAAAGUGACGGUAUUUCACCCAGAAGGCGGCGAUAUAAUUCAGCCCAAAUAAUUGUCAUGGUUGCACGCCAUCUUACUGAUAGUUUAGCCACAAGCUGCUGCAAUCACCCAUGACGAAAAACAGCUUGUGCUGCAGUGUUGUUUUCGUUGACGAUGAUGUUGACGAAAACAACACUGUUGCGCUGGAGAGCUACACAGUCGCGCACAGUCAGGGUCGUGGAAAAAAAAAGGGGCGUUGACGAAAUAUUUUUGUCAACGCCCCUUUUUUCCACGACAAAGACGUGACGUUGACGAGCUUAACAUAAGUCUUAGAUGACUAAAAUGUGAUGAGACGAAUGUGCGUUUACAUAGAUGAGACGAGACUAGACGAAAACGUUAGUGGUGGACGACGAACAGAGUUGCAAAAUUCAUGAGCAUUUCGUCAGUCAAACGCUAAACAUAUAUUCUGCAGUGUUGUUUUAGUUGACGAUGACGUUGACGAAAUAUUUUCGUCAUCAUUAACGAAAACAACACUGUUGUGCUGGAGAGCUACACAGCUGCACAUAAACUGCACAUUGCUGAAUGCAGAGAAAAUAUUCAUGAUGAAACCUUUGACCUCCAAACAGUGUUCUCUACUGUGUUUUGUUUUAUUUUUAUUUUUUUUAUUUUUACUUUUUUAACUCCAGUUUUUACAGUUGCCUGUCAGGGCUGUGAUCAGGGAGUGUAUGAUCAGAUGCUUAAUUCAUACACAGCUGAGAAGUGGGGGAGGCACAGAGACACAAUUUCAAAAUAAAAGCAUAGUGUAGAGGAGAAUGAGUUUCAGAUCAGGCUUUUGCUUUGAACACAUGCCAGAAGUACGAUCUUGGUACACUUUUGUGCUCGUGACAGAAACAUGGAUGAUAUCGAGUCAGCACAGUCCUCAGCGUAUCUGUUUUUUUAAAUUCUACUACCUGAUGUACAGUUGGCUCGAUUCCAGCUGCUCGAGGAUUAUCGCGUUGUUAUUUCGACACAGAUAAACUCAUCCUCCCUCUUCUUUUUGUUCUCAGCAUUAUCGGCAUACCAGAGGUACUACAGUUUACAGUCAGACUACUGGAAGGUAAGACGUACACAAACUCACACAUGUGCUACCACUCACAUGAACUUCUUGAACCCGGUCUACCACAAACGCCCUCUUCCUUACAUAUUCAAGCAUUUGCUCGUACACAGGAAGCACGGUUUGGGCAGAUUUUGGUGAGAUACAGUAGUGAGAAGUGGUUUCAGGUUUCUUGUCAGAGUCAUUUUGAGCAUAAAGCUGAUAAUUUGUGGUUAUUGGUUUUACUGGUUAUGGGAAUGCACCCGAGUAGCUACAAGAAAGACUAAAUAUACACAGAUUCUGUUGAUGAGAUCACUCAAAUGUUAACCACGUCCGAGUAUCUAAUCUGUUUGUCUGUUGAUAAGUUUAUGCUGGGUGUUUUUCUUGGAUUUGAACAUUUGUCUGCGUACAUUUCUUUAAGUGCUUUUAAUAAUGCUCUUUCUCCAUCUCCUUCAGAAUGCUGCCUUUCUGUAUGGCCUGGGAAUGGUCUACUUCCACUAUAAUGCCUUUCAGUGGUGAGUCCCAGCCAUCCUCAUUUCAUCAGCAUGAAAUACAGACCACUUUCAAGGCUCAGCUGUCGUUAAAGGUUGAUCUUAAUGUCUUUAUGGUUGAAUUGUUCCAUUUAGAUCAAUUAAAAUGGGACCACAAAUGUGAAUCACGCUCUUGUGUUACUGGUACUUUCCACUGAUAUCAUGAAAAUGGAAAAAAAAAACUCUGAGUUUGAAAUAAAAGUCAAACAGCUUGAUGACUUUUCAAACUGUUCUAGUAUCGACUAGUCUGACUUUUAGCACUCUUCAGGUGGUCUUAGUUGGAUGACAGUCAUUGAUUAACCAGGGUUUCUGCUGGGUAUUAAAGUCUUAAAAGGUCCAAAAUCCAAUAAUUUGAAUUCAAGGUCUUAAAUGCAUUGAUGUUACUUUCAAGUAAAGACUGAUUUGAAGGUAAUUUAAAAUGUUCCGAUUUCCCUUCAUGCUUUUUGUACUUUUUCGCCAGUAUGGAUGUAAAAUGGAUCUUAAAUUGUAUUCAUUAUGGUCUUGAAAAAAUCUUAAAGUCUUAAAUUGGACUUGUUGAAACCUGCAGAAACCCUCUUAGCUUAGAUAAAAUUCCCUUCUUUUGAUCCACUUUGCCCCCGACUAUCACUGUGUCUCUCCAUCUUUCGUCCCCUUGGUGCUGUACUUGUGAGCGACAGCUGGCCUCAGUUAUGAGGGGCCUACUUGCUUCACACAUAAACAGUGCUAUCCAUUCAAAAGUCUACACCAGGGGACAAGAUGAUUACACUUUUCCAGAUGUAUUUUAAGGAGCAAAGCUUGGUCUUAUAUUAGGGUAAAUACAGUAUGAAUGUGAUUGUCUAUCACCGAACUACUGGUGUCAGGUUUCAGUCAAGUUUACGUCACUGCAGCAUCCAAUUAGUGAGUUAUAUUCAAUGUAGACUUCUAUGAAAGCUGCCAUCAUAUCACCUCACAUGUUGCCCUUCUGGUUUCCUUCCUCUCCCUUGACUCCUCUUAUUGAAAGGAAAUUAUGUUCUAGAGCUUCGGGACAGGGGACAGCAAUGUUAGGCUAGCAUGAAGAGAAAUGCGCAGAUUCGCUAGGUUGGCAACACUGCAAGAAAAUUUAUUUUUUCCGCUCUGCAAAACCUAAAAAGCGCUUACUCCUCCUUCUACCGUGGUGAUGUGAACGCAUUGUGUCACCCUCAAAAGAAUCCGUGUGAAACAGUGACGGUUUGAGCUUAUAAACGAGGACUCCAGGCAGAGAAAAUUCCUCAGUCAUUAUAUGUCAUCGAGGUAUUGGAGGAAUCGUUUCAGCCCUAGUUUCGACUGUUCAGUCUCUUGUGAAAAUACCAGAAAAUACCACAGCAGGAACGGCUUCUGAGACUGCUCUACAUUCAUUACAAAUAGUCAUGCAGUGCUUUUCUUUUUUAUUUAAACGUCCUUUAAAUGAGACAGAAAAUGCGUCCUGUCAAAGACAGAUCGCUCAUCCAUUAAAGAGUAUCUCUGAAAGUUGAGAGAUACCAGGAUCAAACAGCUCAGCAGCUGUCUGUGUAUGUUUUUCACUUUGUUGAUACCGGCUGAAAAACAGCGCUCGUGAGUGAAACUGUCUUAUGUUGUUUCCAUGGGAACAACACAGCCAAGCAGAUCCGGCUGAAUUUCCAAGAGGGAACGGAGCUAACUAAAACCUCUGACAAGUAAAAUUCAUCAAGAUGCAAGCGUCAGCAGAAACGGCUCCCGUCUCCAUAGCUGCGGGAAAACAAGAGUCGAUUUGUUGUCAGGAGGAAAAUUCUUCGAUUUGAAAGGACGCUUUGCUUUCCUGCGAGGUUCCUUAUAGCAACAAAACAUUUCUGCCUCCACAGAGGAGGGAUAAGCGGAAAGAAAUGCAGCGGGCCGACUUUCUGCUGCAGUGUCACUUCAUUCAGCUGCAGUUUGACAAUAACAACAAAUAACUAAUGGGUGCUUUCUCAGGUACUUUCGGGGAAGGUAUUUAGUAUGCAGUGCAACAUGGCACACAGCAGCAUGAGUGUCGUGUCUCACCAGCUGAAUGCGCUGCAUCGAAGGCGGUUUUCACCUUGAGAAGAGUUUAGUUUAACUGUAGCUCUGAGAAAAGAAAACAUACAGCAUCCAGACUGUUUGUAUUAAAUCAAUGUUUUUAUUCCUCCUGUCUAUUUUUAUUUUAUGACUGCCUUCCUCCGCACACUCUUGGUGCUUCAUCGUUCUCCCCUUUUGUCCCCACAGGGCGAUCAAAGCAUUCCAGGAGGUGCUGUACAUUGACCCAGGGUUCUCCCGGGCCAAGGAGAUCCACUUACGCUUGGGUCUCAUGUUCAAGGUCAACACAGACUACGAGUCAAGCCUAAAGGUUGGCACAUUCUCCGAUCAUAGCGUUAAACCACUAACAGAUGAGCACUGACAGCAUUAGUGAAGUAUUUAGGUUUGAUUUACAGACCAAGUGCCAAAAAAGUCGUGACUCUGUGUCAAAUGUUUGUAAAAACAGAUUUGGAAGGGUUGAAAAUCAUUUAACACUGACGAAGAAAAUAUCAUAUGUUAAAACAGAUUUUCUAAAAUGAAAAAGUGUUUGUAAUGGGGGACAAGCCAGGACUGCAGUCAGGUCAGUUUAGCAGCAGGACCCUUCUUCUACAGAGCCAUAUGCAGAGUGGGGUUUGUCAUCGUCUUGCUGAAAGAUGAAGGUCCUCCCUGAGAAAUCCUGGUCUGAAGACUUCACAGAUGUAGAAGCUACCCAUUAGGGCCCGACCGAUUUGGAUUUUUUGGGGCCGAUACCGACUAUUGGGGGGGGGGGGUGAAAAUCUAUACUGUAGAUAUCUAGAUAUCUAAAGUAUACUAUAUACUGUAGGCUACUGCUCUUCCCGCCGGAAGACCGACUUAUCAAACUUGGACCAGGAAAGCGUUUUGGACUACCCGUGCUGCGCCAUCUACAGGAUAAGUCGGGGAACUUUUCAAAUGGUUUGACAUUUUCAAAGUCAAACCGAAUCUUAUUCUCUGCAUUUUAUUUCUGAAAAUAUCUGCGAAAAUCGGCGAGUUUUGGCCGAUUACCGAUAAGUCUCAAACGGGCUAAAGUUGGCCGAUUUAAUCGGCUCGCCAAUACGUCGGUCGGGCCCUACUACCCAUGACAUGAGCUCUUAAGCUUCUCCAAACCAUCACAGAUGCUGAUAGUUGAUUAUUUCUUUAUACAUUUUUGGAUGCACCACUAAAAUGUGAUCUCAGAUGAUGGAUUUGGAAGUAAAUUUGAGCCCAGGCAGUGAUUCCCACUACAGAGUCAUCCCUUUUUAAAAGCAGUGGUGCCUUGGCCUUGAAGAUAGUUCAGUAUCAGUAAUCGUGUUUCAUUCUUUUAUGCAAAGGUUUCUCCAGAUUCUCUGAAAAUGUGAGGCUUUUGUGCUCAUUAUCCCAUUUCAACACCCAGACAUGUAACCUCAUUAUUAAGGAGUUGCUGCUCCAAGUGUUUAUUAGUUUACUUCUACAUGAUCUGCACACCAUUCAAAUCUGUUUUAUCCAUAUUUUAGACAGAACCUUCAUGUCAUUGCAGUUGUAUUUAAGCUAAUGUAUUUCAUACAGUGUUUUCAGGUUUAUUGCCAGUUUGUAAUAAUGUCAAUAAUGGCAAAUACAGAGUUUACAGGGUACAUAGAAUAAAGUAAAACACUGUAAUAUUAUUAUUUUUCUUUUAAGUAAAGCUAAAGGUGAAAACAUAUGACAGGAAAAAAAGAGUGAAAGGUUGAUGUGAGGUUAGUAGUUUUACAGGAAGUGAUGAUGAGCUGCUGUGAUACAUGAUCAAAGGGACCGUUGCCCUCGUUGAUUUCUUCUCAUGUUCUCUUGCAGCAUUUUCAGCUUGCUUUGAUUGACUCCAACCCCUGCACUUUGUCCAAAGCUGAAAGUAAGCACUUCAUUUUUUUCUUCUUUCAAUGAUGCAAUGAUGUGAGGCUCCUCCUUUUAUUCUAAGACAGUUAGUCUAGUGAUGUAAAUAUCUACAACGGCGCCGGUUUAAUUCUGGCAUGAGUUGAUCCUGAGAUAUCAAAGUCUCGUCAGCCUGUAAAAGAAGCAGCAUCAGGGGACGAGUCUUCACUGCCUCCUGCGCAGAGUGUUAGAUUAUGUUCGCCUGCCGGGGUUCAGCUUGGAUAGAGCACCGGCUUUAUUUGAUAUGCCGCUGCCAUCUCAUCUCUCCCACCCCAGCACCUGUUACCUUGACGACAGCAAUAUCCUUUUUUUUUUUAAAGCUGGGCGCCUCGCUGUUUGCCUUUGCCUCAUUGUGUCCCCCUCAUUCCUGCUCUCAUUCUCUCACAGACACACACACACACAGCAAGGGCAGCCCCCGUCUUUCUUCCCCUCUCUCUCUCCCUCCCUCCUCUCUUCUCUCUCUCUCUCUCUCUCCCUCCAUCUGCUGAGAGUCACUCAGGCAGCUUAGAUCAGACACUGCAGCGCUCCAGACAAAGGAAGGUGCCGCCAGGAGCACAGCUACCUAUCUGCUCUGUUACACUCAGUGUGGACAGGCAACCUUGAGCUCCUUGACAUCUAUUUAUUGACACGGCAGCACUACUUUUCAAAGACUUGUGAGGAGGAGCAACUCUUAAAAAGGGUGGGAAAGCGUUCUGAACUGCUCAGUAACAUCUACUUAACGUCUCUCUUUUUGUUUCUUUCCACAGUCCAGUUCCACAUUGCUCAUUUGUAUGAGAUUCAGGUAAGUGCUCGCUCUUUUUAUUAAACUAGUUUUCAAGGAUGCAUUUGUUUUCCUCUCUGCCUGAUUCACCUGUGACAGAAAAGAAGCGCUUCAUGUGGAUUUCACGGCAAAUAUCUCAGGCUAUCGCAGUGGAAAAUCAGCGCGGCCGAAAAGCAGGGAUAGCCUGAUUUAUUUGUGUUUCGAACCAGGUGCUGACAAAUUGAGGAGGGAGCAGGGUGCCUGAGUGGGUGGCACACAGGAGGGAGGGAGGGAAGGGAAGGGAAGGAGGGGGGGGAAUAGGAGAUUACUCUGAGUCGAUCGACGGGGUUGCCACGGAAACAAGAAAAGUCUGUCUUCCCCCCUCUUUUGUAUGCUGGUGGUUUCUCGCUCUUUAUGUCGGUUUCAGUGGAGAAGUACAGUAGCUCCGGGAGAUGCGGCGCUCACUUCACGACUAAUGUGUUUUUUUGUGCUCUGUCAGAGCGCAGAGCUGCAGAGGUAGACCAGCUUAGGAUGCAGAAGGAGGAGUGAGGAGUUAGGAUUUCUGUUUUGAUCAGAAGUGAUGGAAAGACACACGAGUUGCUUUGAACACUUUUUGCAGCCAGUUGUUUUUUUUCUCUCCUCUUGAUCUCCUUUGUUCAACUUUUUCUCUUUUCUUCUCUUAUCCAGAAGAGAUAUCGGGCUGCUAAGGAGGCCUACGAGAGCCUCCUGCAGACGGAGGAUCUUCCUGCACAGGUGAAGGCCACUACCCUGCAGCAGCUAGGUAAGAGCGUGCACAAACUCAGUCUGGUUAAGUUUUCUGGGGCAAAUUUGAGGCUCUCAAUCCCUCUUGAAACAGACAUCAGAUUUAGAUGUUCUUCAUGACGGAAAAAAAACAAAAACACUGAUGGAUGUUUGCGAUGUUCUUCCAGGCUGGAUGCAUCACACGGUGGAGCAGCUCGGGGACAGAGCCAGCAGGGACAGCUAUGCCAUCCAGUGUCUGCAGAAAUCUCUGGAGGCCGACCCAAACUCCGGACAGUCCUGGUACUUCCUGGGCAGGUACGUCACAUGGCGCUGAGAGAACAAUGACCACUUCUGUACGAUGAAACCUCACAGUAGGCGGCGCUUUACUUGAAAUCAAAUCAAACAAAAAUAGAAACAAGGAAGUGACAGUCCUGAAAAAACUGGUUAAUUGAGGAACUGGUGACUCAUCACCUGCCUGGUGAGGUUCAAAUGAGGAAAAUGUGUUCCUGAUGGUUUGUGUCUCCUGCAGGUGCUACUCUAGUAUUGGGAAAGUCCAGGACGCUUUCAUCUCUUAUCGGCAAUCCAUAGACAAAUCAGAGGCCAGUGCAGAUACCUGGUGCUCUAUAGGGUAAGGACCCUCAUGUUCAAAUGAAUCAAGUGUGUGAAUAAAAACAUAAACGCAUGAUCCUGUUUCUGACUCGUGUGUUUUUCAUCUCUCUAAUUCAAUCCUUUCUUUAUUCCGUUUAUUUUCAUGAUCUUCUGCAUGAAAAAAAAAAAAAAAAAACAACUCCUCCCCAUCUGUCUCCUGUGCACCCUGUUCUCUUCCUCCUCUCGACCCCUCUCCUCAGGGUGCUGUACCAGCAGCAGAACCAGCCCAUGGACGCCCUGCAGGCCUACAUCUGCGCCGUGCAGCUGGACCACAGCCACGCCGCCGCCUGGAUGGACCUGGGCACGUUGUACGAGUCCUGCAACCAGCCGCACGACGCCAUCAAGUGCUACAUCAACGCCACACGCAGCAAGGGCUGCACCAACACGCCCGCGCUGACCCACCGCAUCAAAUGCCUGCAGGUGGGUGGAAUUUGGGUGUUGGAGCAGGGGGCAUGGCUGCUUGAAUACAGUGUAAAUUUGCUAAGAACGCACAUAAGCUUUAAAUGCAGUUGUAUAAAAACAACAGCAUUUCACAGGUGUGGUGCACCUGCAGGAUUGGGCCUCAAGAUUGGAUCAGAUUUAGGGGUUUCCCUGCUCAGUUUUAUGUCCUAGAUCACCAAAGCUGUCAUAUUUGCAGAGUCAGCAUCACCGUGCUUACUGAAACACUCAUUCAUAGAAUUAAUUGAAACCUCUGGCAGCUAUUUAUUCAUUUUACGCGCUCUGCAGGUCACUUAUUUACAAAUCUGUUGACUUGUACUAUUUUGGCACAGCUCAGCUGGCGCUCAAUUUGACACCUGACGCACCCGGUCCAACAAACAAACAAUCGUGCUGAGAACUGUGACAGGAUUUAGAGAGCAGAUACGGAUACCUGGAUCUGUUGAGGAUGUCCCUGAUUUGAAGCUGUAGGCCGCUCUUUUAUUGUUAACUCUGCUCUGGGAGUCUUCAGAAACUGCAAAAUGUCCUACAGGAGAACCAUAAAUGAUUGAAUACGUGUGAUGAAUUUAAAGGCACUGUGAGGAGGAUUAACAGAUUUUGAUGCACAAGAUAAUAACUUGUUGGCACAGGAUAUUGAUUUGAGAGCACAAGAUUCGAAUUUAGAAAAAAAAUGCAAACUUAAGAGCAAAAUACUUUCAGGGCACAAGAUUCUGGCAUGGAAGUACAAGAUACUAGCUUGUGAGCGUAUGAUAUUAACCUGUGAGGUCAAGAUCUUAAUUUGUUAGCACAAGAUUUUCAUUUUUUGAGAAUAAGAUAUUAAUUUUUAAGUGAGAAGUACUUGUGAGCACAGGAGAUAAACUCAAAGAAACAAGAUAUUUACAUGUGACCACAAGAUACAAAUUUGUGAGCACAAGAUACUAUUGAAUAUCGACUUUGAAGCGCAAGAUACUAACUUGUGAACACGAUUUUUUGAAAUGUAGGCAUCAGAUCCAGGCCAUGAGUGGAAGAUACUAACUGAUACUGAUUUGUCAGUCCGAGAUAUAAAUCUGUGCUAGCGAUUAUCUUGCGCACACAUGUUCAUGUCUUGAUUCCAUGAGGAAAUAACUUUCGGUCAUCUUGUGGGGACAUGUUAUUAUCAUCUGCACAUGAGCGAGUUCCCUCAAAGGUUUUUACUGCUGGUAAGAUAUGAGUAUCUAGAUAGAUAGAUAGAUAGAUAGAUAGACAGAUAGAUAGAUAGAUAGAUAGAUAGAUAGAUAGAUACAUAGAUACAUAGAUAGAUAGAUAGAUUCAUCGAUACAUAGAUAGAUAGAUAGAUAGAUAGAUAGAUAGAUAGAUAGAUACAUACAUCGAUACAUACAUCGAUAGAUAGAUAGAUAGAUAGAUAGAUAGAUAGAUAGAUAGAUGGUUCUCACUGAACAAUGAAAAGCUCUGUAUUUCACUCAUUUGCGGGAAACAGGGUUUUUUGAAGGGCGUCAUUAGAAGCAUCAUGAAAACUCCUCACUGUGCCUUUAAUGAAGAAUACAUAUCUAUUAUAUUUAACCUCAGAGAGGCACACAAAAGCUUAAUCCAGGGUUCAGAUUAAGUCUCUCACCUACCAUUAGUACAAAGUCCAGACCUCAAAGACCACUUCUACUUCAGUGACCUUGUUUCACAUUGACUGUGUGAAUUAUUUAUAACAUCAUAAGCAACAGUAGCUUGUAUCUAUCCCAGCUCGAACCAAAGUCUUGACAGAAGUCUCUCCACUAGUCAGCCGUUGACACCUGAAAAACAAGAAAAACUCCCCAUGUGGAAUUCAAAUGGAAACGCAUGGAUUCAUUCUGAGGAUAAAAGAAAGCGCCAGAUCUCACCAGUUAUUUUAUUCAUCUCUAUUUUUUCCUUUACAUAUGCAUGAAGGAAUGUUACAUUUCCACCUGUUAUUUUAGCAUAAACUCAUGGCAUUAAGACAAGCUCAGCUGCUUGUUUUAAUGGAACUGUGUUUUGGUUUUACUGUUGCUGAAUGUCACUCAAGAAGUUUGAAAACCCCCCUGUGUGGUUUUUUUUGAUUGUACAUGACGUUAGCCAGCAGAAACACAAGUGUAAAAAAAACAACAACUUUCCAAAGCAGCUUCACUUGUGUUUGAAAACGUUCUAUCAUUGCUGAUCAUUUUCUUGUUUUGAGGUCAUCGUUCUUUUUCCAAAAGCAAACCUUGUGUUUUAUUAUUUUUUUUGUUUUUUCACGUCGUUUUCCAUUCCCCUAGGCUCAGUUGAGUAACCCCCAGCUCAGUAGCCUUCAGGGUAAAAGUAAAAUGCUCCCUCUUAUUGAGGAGGCAUGGAGUCUACCAAUCCCAGCUGAGCUAACCUCCAGGCAGGGAGGCCUGAGCAGUGCACCACAGCAGGUGAGACACCAGAUAGAUACACCUCCCGCCUCCUUCCUCCCCCCUCCCCUCCCCCUUUUAUUUUUGACUGAGUGCACACUCAGACACGGUAACAUACAACCCCAAAUCCAAAAACCGUUGGGAUGCUGUGUAAACUCUUGAUAGAAACAGAUUUGAUGGUUUGCAGGUCCUUUUUUAAACUGAAACAUUUAAAAAAAUUUGACUACAGCUCUUUGUACAGUUUUUUCAUUAUGCAGCAGGUUUUUUUAGUAGGUCACAAGCCAGCACUGCAGGCAGGCCAGCUUGGCAGCAGGACUCUUCUACUACAGAGACAUGGCAGAAUGUGGUUUGUCAUUAUCUUGCUGAAAUAUGAAGGUCUUCCAUGCAUGCUCUAGUGUUGGCACACUGGGUUUUGGGCCAAAAGUUGAAUACCACGGAUGCAUUGCUGGUAGACAAACCUCAACAGACAAAGAAGGGUUUUAAAAAAAAGACUUAACGCCUCUAUCAUACGAGCAAACGGGGAGACGACCUGAUAGUUAGGAGCUGGAAGGGGGCAUGUCGCCACCUACCGUAGCAGAGAUGAGCGUGCAGCUGUCAAUAAUUCGAUUUUUACACUGGGGCGAGAACAGUAGUCCAGAUAAUUCUCCUUAUCAAGCUAUGACUGCAGCUUGACUUAACUGUGCAUAUUAACAGUGUUCACAGAUGGUGGUUUUUGGAAUUUACGUUGAGCUCUUGCAGUGAUUUUCACUUCAGAGCCACAUCAGAUUUCGACUCUGCACUUCCUCUUAACGUUGAUUGAUUUCAUGUCCUGUAGAUGAUGAAAUCCCAGAAUUCUUUGCAGUUUUUUUACAUUUUGGUGAAAUUCUUAUUUCUUCAUUCUUCAGAUCCUUACACACCGGGGCCGACGCGAAUGUAGAAUGCGAAAUUACGAAAUAGUCGGAGGCGAAUUUUGACGUGCCUGACUAUACACAUCAAGCCCGACAAGAUUUUGCGACUAUUCCGGGGGAAAGUCCCGCCUCCUUCGCCUCUGAUUGGCUAGAAAAGCUGGAAACUUCAUCACAUGCUCAUGUCAAACGGUCAGCACUUAUAGCCAAUCAGAGGCGAUAAGAUAAGCACAUGAAACCAUGGUAACAACCGUUAGCUUAAGUUAGCACAGAUGAAAGUUUAAACAAAGACGAUUAGCAAACUGUUAAAGCAAACAAACCAUCGUCAUAUCAGAAAUCCGACGCUAUGACUCUCCACAAGUCGUCUUUCAGGUCGUUAUCUUAUAAACAAUCAGCCGGGCGGCCAUGUUGGAUAUACCGGUGAAUCUGACAUCGCAACAACACGAAAUCUGAUCGGUCAGACGUGGACACACAGUAUGCGAAACUUUGGAAAAAUCGUCCAUGAUCUGAAAAAAUAAAUGCCGCAAUAUCUUAGGACGGGAAAACAUUGUUGAUGUGAACGCUUGUAUUGACAGGAUAUGGGUUCGAAAAAAAAAUUUGACGUCCGAAAUAAUCGCACGACAAAAACGCUCCCGUGUGAAAGGACCUUUAUUCUUAUUCUUAAUGGAUCAACCCUUGACUCACGCAGUCUCUCACAAAGAGGCAGACCUCGCUUUUAAGAGACUCAGCCUCUAUCCAAUCCCUUUUUUUAUUCUACGUCCUGUUGCCUCAUUAGUUGGUGGGUUUGUCUCCAUCUCAGCUGUUUUAUCAAAUUAAAGCUGAGUAUGUAUUUUAAGAUUAAAAGAACAAAUGUUUCAGUUUUAAUAAUCGAUGUGUCUUUGCGCUAUUUUCUCUUAAUUACAGACGUCAAAGGAUUUGCAAACCAUCAAAAUCUGCUUUAUCCAUAUUUUGCACAGCGUCUCAACCUUUUUUUGAAUUUGGGUUGUGCACACACACAUUCACACACACCUUUUUUAGAUGAAUACGCAUGCACUGUUUUACACACCAACUGAUGGGUAACACUUGAGCUUAACUCCACCUGUUUGCAGAUUUCAUUCAAGCAUGCUGCACAGAAAUACUCCCGUUGGAAAGUUUCACGUUUGCCCUCACAUUGGAGGUCUUUUUGCUUCAUAUAUUUUUUAUUAAAACGCCAUUCGACGUCCCCAUUUUCAAAUUCACUCAUGUCCUGGCUGCUCUCUUUUUUCCCCACAUCUGCUUCAAACGAGGAGGGGUCCAGCCAAGUGUUACUCACCCCCUGCACUCCUUUUUCCUUCCUCCACAGCACAGUCGACGCUCGGCUUCACCCAUCAUACUCCAUUAACGGCAACUACAACGAAAAAAGUCAACAAAGCACUUGUGUGCGGGCUUUUUGUUAAUUCUCUCCCAUUCAGUGUCGUCUUUUCUUUUAAUCCUGAUUUUAAUCUAAUGUGGUAUUCAGGAUUACACCCCUCCCACACACUCUUACUUACAGGCCUGGAUUGUUAUUAAAACUGUCGGGCGACAUUAUGUAAAGGAUCCCUGCAGAGAUUGACUCUUAAGUUAAGGUCAGAGACUUUGUUUUUUAACCAGAAACAGCUUUUAGUAUCGCCCUCCUCAAAGCCACCAGACUCAAUUAACAAAGAUAGAUAGUUAAUCUCACGGCACACACAGGAGUUGCUGGUUAGUUUUUUUGUUUUUGUGUGAGUUUAGUGUUUUCAACGGUAAGUUUGUGUCCAAAACAGUAUUGAUUCAACUCAAAAUAUCUCCACAAUCCUCCCAGUUUAGGCAGCGGUAAACAAACAGGUGGCAUAAACUGCGGGGUUAAAUGGCUGUUUUUGUGACUGGGGUUUGGUGGCUAUGAGGAAAACUUUGAAGUACAUAAAAACGAGUUUUUAUGAAUGAGUUUUUCUCUGCAGGGAUCCCCUCUCAGACACCAAGAAUGAAAAUCUUGGCUUGCCCGACACUUUAUUAGUUAAUUUCCAAAUCCAGUUUUAGGUGGUAAACUUCUUGAACCUGCACCCCGCCUCUGUUUGCUCUUAAUCUGCUUUGACUGCGAGCCCAUUCUGAAGAGAUUAAAGUGCUUUAAUUCUUAAAAAAUCAAGUGGUUGUGUUUGUAAUCCUCACACUCAUUCAGUCUUUUUGGGCUUUUGACCCCUUCACCCCCCACCAGUCAGUGUGAUCGGUGAGGUCGUGCUGCCGUGGAGAGUAGACACCCAGGCUUCCCAUUGGCUCUGUCCAUCUCCCCUCCCCUUUCUCCCCCCCCUCCACUAGUUGACCUUAAAUGUCCUGCAGCUGCUUGCAGGACACCAGCACCAGUGACGCCCCCUAGUGUUUCAUUACCACCUCACUCAUUCAUGCCCAUUAGACCUGUAGGUGUGAGUUGUUCUGUCUUGUCCGUAUGAGUGGGGAUCUUGUGUUGUUGCCUUACAGCCCUAAAAUGUCUUAAUUUUUCAUCUUUGACUCUGUAAGAGAGAAUAUCCUGAGACAUUUUCACUGAGGGUGAUUGGAUCAGAAACCACGUUACAACCCUGCAGAUGAACAGAACUUGAAACUAAUCAAAAUACAUGUCAGAAAGUAUUCAAAUUACGGUUGAUUUUUACGCCUUUCCCCACAAUGAAUUGUUUAUUGAUUUAUUUUUUUGAAGGGGUUUUGCAUAAAGGAAAAUAAACAAAUCAUAAAAGGUUGUUACCAUUUUAUGACCACACUUCUAUAAAAGUUGGGACGCUGAACAGAUGCUGAUGGUUUGCAAUCAAGACAACAUAUCAAUUAUUAAAACUUUUAAUAUGUUUCCCAAAAAUUGGUUUCACUUUGGGAACUAAGAAAAACAGUUUUUGGAGUCCCUGUUUUUCCUUGACGUAGGAUUGAAGCUGUUCAACAGUUUUGGGUGUCUUUUUUUUGUGUAAUUUUGUGACAUGAUGCGCCAAAUAAUCCAGUUCAAGACGAGUCAGGACGACAGGCAAGCCAGUUAAGCACCCAGACCUUUUCAUCAAAACGUGCAUGUCGACCACAUGAGGUCCGGUGGUUCCAAAAAGAAUCUCAAACUCUGAUUUGUCCCAACACUAGAUAGCUAUUACUUCAUUUUCCUCUGUCUUGAAUGGAUCACUGACAUGUCUGAAUCAAGUUUUUUUGUUAUUUGUGGAGCCCAUCCUGUGAUUUCCACUACAGGGUCAUGUCUUUUUUUUUUAUGCAGUUGUGAGACACUGAGAUUCUUCCAAACUUUGUUGAUGUUAUGGCCUGAAAAGACCAACUUUUUAAGAGUUUAGUUGUCCCUGUCCAAACAUCUGUUGCGGGCGUUUGCAGUAUUUUUAAUAGAAUAUAAGAUUGAAGUGAUUCGCAAACCAUCAGAUCCUGUUUUUAUCAACAUUAUAAGCAGCAUCCCGGUUCAAGUGGGAGUGGGGUUGUAAAUACAGGUGUGAUUGAUUGAUUGAUCACAGGUCAUUCAAACCUUGUUUUGUUGUUUGUUUUUAAUUGUUGAGCAAUUUAAUGAAAAUGCGCUGAAUUUCAAUCAUCGAAAUCAGAACCAUGAUUGGUCAAAAUCAAAUCCUGACCCUCAAAAUGACACCAGACUGAAUUUUAUUGGAUCACAUUGGGGGGGAAAAAAAAAACAGUUCACGCUAACGUCUAACCCAGCGUGGUUUGAUGUUUACAGUUUGCGCGUAGGCUCACUCUGGGACAGGUGAGGUCAGUCUGUCAGUGAGUCGAAGCUGCAGCUGUUCUGUGUUGAAUCAAAACCAGAUUCAGUCUUUGGAUUCAGAGAUUUCAGAGCGACAUCUCUGAGUGCUGCAGGUGUUUCUGUGAAGCUGUAGUGCUCAUGCCGAGAUACAGGAGUGUUUGCUUCUACGUGUUCUUGUUUGUUUCGACACACUUUGACAGUAUUUGCUCUCCAUUUUCUCUUCUCCUUGUUCUCCAUCCCUCGCUUUGCUUCGCUUUUUAACCUCCUCUUUACGUUUUUAAUUUUUACUUUGCUACUUUCAAAAAUUCCUUCACUUUCUCUUAUUGCUCUCGUUUCCUCGUUGCAAUCUCAUUUAUUUCCUUUCAUUUACGUGUCUUUUUCUUUUUCCUCCUUACGUUUCUUUUGCUGCCCUUCUGCCUGCGCCCCCUUGCAAUCCCCGCUUCCCCCCCCUUCUCCCUCCAGGCUUGCAAGCCCAAUCACAGCGCAGACGGUGGGGGCUCGGGUCAGUCUCUGCCCCCUCACGUGGGCUCGCUGGGCUCACCAGAAGACUGCCCAGCCAAAAGGAGGAGAGCCUCCAGCCCUGGGAAGGUAGAUAAGAGCACCUUAAAUAUGCAUUUUCAUCAUCUCUCUGUGUUCUUGUUAAGGUUUUACACUCUACAUGUGUAUGUCUGUCUCUGUGUGUGUGUGUUUCAGGCUGAUUCCUGGGCCGGUAACCCAGCACAGCAGCCCGUACCCAGCUGGUACCUCUCCCCACAGAAACUGCAGGUUUGUAAAACACUCCACAUCAUAUUUUUCUGCACCUCUGACGUCAGAUUGAAGGUAAACCCAGCUCUAAAUCUUGGCCGCCUCUUUGUCCGCAGGUGCUGGAACAGUUGCGGAGUAACCGGGCCAGCCUGAAGCCCCCGCAGCUCCAGAUGUUGGGGCAGCUGGAGGCUCAGCUCACGAUGAUGCAGCAGCACCAGCACCAGGUAAAAACACAGACUUCCAAGAGGACCAAUACAGCAUGUGCACAGUUUUCCUCAUGUGUAGGUGUAUGUUUCCGUCUGCACACAUGCUUCAGCGACUAUAGGGUUAACUCUUGAUAUGACUGUAAACAAACCUCCUUACCUAGACUGUGUAAACAGUCACUGUAAGAUUUCUGAUCCUUCUGUGGUACUUAAAAUCCGACCCGUGCUAGUCCGGUCAUGCAUUGUUGAGGCAUGUGCAGGCAUUAGAUCUGUGUGCUUUGGCAUAUACUACAACAACAAAAGUGAGUGCAGGAGAGUUCAAACAGUGACAGGUAAGGACGUGAACGUCGCUGAGAGCUCGCCAAUCAGGUUCUCCAUCCGAGGUUAACCCUUCAAGCUGUCCGUACAUCUAUGUUUAGAAGUUAGUUACCUUAUCGAACUAUCUGAUCAACUCGUCGUUACAAACUGAACGCAAAGACAAAGGUUGAAGUGCAAACAUCUCCCUCUCUAAGAUUUCAAAAUGGAGUUUGGUUUCCUGUUUCUUUCCUUUGCAGAUGAGACAGAACGCCUCAGGAGGUCAGGUGCGCCCCUCUCUCCCCAACGGCCCCACCACCAACUCCCUCCCUUCCCCCAACCCCAGCCUCCACCCCGCCCGCCCCCACCUGGGACCCCACCGGCUCUUGUGCCCGCCUCAGCCGCUGGCCAACGGUCCGGUAGGCCCCGGGCCACUCGGACACUCAGACCCCCUCCCCGUGGGCAGUAACAGUAGUAAUAAUCAGUCAGGGCCCGCGGCCACAGGACCCAACGGAGACGUGCCUUACCUGCAACCUGCCGGCAGCGGCGACGCAGCACUGCUACCUCACACCUGCACAAGCACGCAAACACAGGACGCUGCGCCGUGCCAGGCCCUGCACCUAAACUCCUCUCAGGUCAGACGUCACACACACUGCUCGUUGUCAGGAAGGCGGAGGAUGUCUCCGCUCUGUUACAGGAGCUGAAAUUAAAUUUAAAGAAACUCCCUCUGGCUAUGUUCAGCUUCUCAGCUAAGAAAUGGAUAUAAUUCAGUUUUAUCCCACUGACCUACUUGGCUCUGUUGUAAAAAAAACUGUCAGAAAGAAUUGAGCAAAGCCGUCAAGUGGUUUCAUGAAACAGGCUGUGAAAUCCCUCUCUUGAGACUGUGAAUUAUAGUAUGCAGGAAUGAAUUCAUGAGCACAGAGUGGAAUCAGGUACUGAGCUUAAAGGUGGAUGUAACCCACGCGAUGAGAAUAGAGAUUACAGCGCAUGGUGGGGAAUCUGUUCAACUCAGAAUAGGCUGCAUCUUAAUCAGUGUUAGCCCAGAAAUGAAGAGUUCCUUUGACUAAGAGCAGUGGUUCUCAAGUCCAGUCCUCGACACACCUGAUUCAAAUCAUCAGCUCGUUAUCAAGCUCUGUAAUGACUUACUAACGAGCUGAUGAUUUGAAUCAGGUGUGUUGGAGCAGGGAAACAUCCAAAACAUGCAGGACUUGGAGCAAGAUGUCAAAAAGGUGAUACUGUAACUUAAAAGCUCUUAAAAAGGUUUAUUAAGUGAUUUUAAAAUAGUAUAGAGGAGAAUAAUUGAACAGUAUGUCUCUCUAUCUUUUGUAAAACACGAGCUGACUAACAGUUUUCAUUUUCCACCCUCAGGGGCUUCAGAAGGGGUCUGCUCCACAUGCAACGAGCUCCAGUGAGGGGACCCCAUCUCAACCCCAGACCCCCAACUCCACCGCCCCCGCCCUCCCCAACAGUCAGGUUGGACAUUCCACUAACGCCCCAUCGCCGCCGCAGCAGCAGGCCCACAACCACCUCCCCUCCCCGCCCUCCCUGCCCCCCUCCUCUACCUCAGGUGGAGCAGCACCUGGUGCGUCCGCUACCAAAGAUAGCAACACAACCACCGCCCUUGCCACGGCAAACGCGUCCCUCGGCAACGGAGGCACGGACGGGAAGACGCCGUCGCCGCUUGCGCCGCUGCCUUCAACUGAUGGGAAAGCGGCGCAGGCGGAUGGCCUAGCGAAUCACGUGCACUCAGAGGAUGGCAGCAAGACGGCAGAGGGCGGCGAGAAGCCGAGCCUUAGCGCAGACAAUCCUAGACUAUCUGCCCUGCUGGCGGGGGGGAAGAACCCGGAGGAGGGCGAGGGGCCCUCAGAAGGGACCCCAUCCACAGCGUCCACCACGCCAGAGUCCCACAAGAAAGUAAACAACAUCCACCCAGCUGUUCUGCCCUCCACCCCCCACGCCCAGGGCAGCUCUGCCGCCUCCUCGCCCAUCUCUGCCAUGUCCACCGCCACGCCCUCGCCCAAAUCCUCAGAACACACACAAACAGGCGCCCACAGCCCGGCCACCGCCACCACCACUAACACCACCGCCACCACCACCACCACCAUGUCUGCUGCGCCCGCGGUGAACGGUAACGGCAAAGGAGGAAUCUCUGAGGACUCACAAAGCCCGCUGAAGGCCGAGCCGCCCACCGUCGCCAGUCUGAAAGCCACGCCUCCACACGGACACGGCUCCUCCUCUUCCUCAUCCUCAUCUUCAAUAUCCAUCUACCCCAGCUCCACAGACGUGCUAAAAGCCUGCAGGUCAGACUCAAAGCCCACCAUAUUGUUUUUUGUCAUUGUUUUGAAAUUUAGAUCUUUCUUGUCGUCUUUUUUUUGGGUGUAAAUUGUGGAAAUUUUCCACUUGAAGUUUUUAAGAGUGGCUCCUGUAAACCCUGGAAAUGUCUUUGUUUCGGGUCAGUUGUAUUACCCACAAUGCUUGUUUUGUGAAAAAGAUUUUACUCUGCAUGUUCAACGGUGCAGAUCAGACGUGGAUCUAUUGAUCUGCACUGUUUCUUUUGAAGAUGUCUCCCCCUGGUGGAUUUUCAAAGUAACUGCAGCAGCAGAGCCCUAUAAUUAUGUAACUGUAAACAACACCGAAGACGACUGGGUGGCCUUGUUGCCAUGCAGACAUUAUUCAUCCUGGAUCAGUUAUUUGUUUAUCACAUUUAGAUUAUAUUUACCCCGGUUAGAUUGUGAGAAACGAGUCGUCACAACUUUCUACUUUGGCUGUAUUUCACUGCUGUACUCUGGAUGUCGUAUUUCUCUCGUUGACAUUUGUUUCUGCGUCACGUGUACGCAGGAACCUCGGGAGGAACGGCCUCUCCAACAGCAGCAUCCUCCUCGACAAGUGCCCCCCGCCCCGGCUCCCCCCUCCACCCUCACCAGCCUUGCCCAAAGACAAGCUCAACCCCCCAACACCCAGCAUCUACGUGAGUAUCAAACAGAAAUAAACACAAUUUUACAACACAAAUGCAUUGACGUACUUUUGUUUAAAUGCACUUUGCGCAACAGCAGAAAUAUAAAAAUUGACGCUUGACCCAGGAUGUGGUAAAUUUCUCGUUCCACAGUGAGGAAAUGACAGUAUUGUGGUUGUUAGUGGGAUCUUAUCAUGAUCAAUAUAGAGGUUUGGAGGAACUUUGAUGAAGAUCACAGUGUGCGCACAUCACCCUGCUUGUAUAGUUAAUAAGAGACUGAGAGAGCGUGGAGAUAACAAUACCAUCAUAAUUAUACUGUAAGGCUAUGCAUCUCUUUAGAAGAACAUUGGGUGUCUGGAUCCGGCUGGCAUCGUCACAUCCCUUCAUUUCUUUCUCAUUAUAUUCGUCUGCCUCUCCUACUCCUUCCAACAUGAGUUAGUUUUAAAAAAGCCGCUCCAAAUUUCCUUUUUCCUGUCGCAAAAACAGGCUUAAAUACCCGGACAGUGAUGAAUAUACCUGAGUGGCCUGCCCAGGUAUCACUUAUGUAGGGGUGCGCCGAAAAAUCGAUUCACACAAGAAUCGCGACUCUAAUUUACUACGAUUCAGAAUCUAUUUAAAACGUCCCAAAAUCGAUUUUAAAAGAUUAAAUAUCCGCUGCCUGUCCGCAUCCAUUUUGGAACUAUGCUGGACGCCCUGGUGUCAUCACGCAGCCGGUUCUGGAACGCACGCAUGCGCAGAAGGCACCAAAACAAAAGCAACUACAAAGAUGGAGGAAAAGGAGAUCCAGCCGGCCCCGUCUUUACGAAAAGCUAAAGUUUGGCGUCAUUUCGGAUUUUACCGAAUGCCCGGACACACUGAGCUGGACAUGAGGCACGCAGUGUGCUGACAUUGUAAAACUAGAAUCAAGCAUUUCGGCAACACGACAAAUGCGCGGGCUCACAUGCAGCAUGUUUAACUGCACUAUUUUUGAUAUAAAGAGGUACUUUUAGUUUUAUUACCGCAGCAGUGUGUGACAUUGCUUGUAAAAAUUCCUUCUGAGCAUAGAUACAUACUUAAAGCUUAAUAAAUGUGAAAAAGACACUUAAAUGUCUUCAUUUGUCAUUCUGUCUUGCACAGCAGAUGGGAGUAGAUCAUGAUCAGAAAUCAGGUCAGAAAUCAGUAUGAUUUAAAAUCAUUUUAAAUCGAAUCGUGGCUCCAGAAAUCUGAAUUGAAUCGUGACACAGUAAAAGAUUCCCGCCCCUACACUUGUGUGUGAAAGCUCUUUUGAUGACGUUAUGACUCCUGCUUUUCUGUCUGUAACCCAGCUGGAGAACAAGAGGGAUGCUUUCUUCCCCCCACUGCACCAGUUCUGCACAAAUCCCUCCAACCCUGUCACUGUCAUCAGAGGACUGGCUGGAGCUCUCAAACUGGGUAAGUUCUUGAUGAUGUGUGUGUUUCUUUCUCCUGGUACAUCAAACAGAGAUACAUCAGCGGUGUAAUCAUGAGUGCGGUGUGCAUUUCCCUGUAGACUUGGGUCUGUUCUCCACAAAGACGUUGGUGGAAGCUAACCCAGAGCACCUUGUGGAGGUCUGGACUCAGCUCUCUCAGCCGGCAGAUGAGAACUGGGACCCCAGCGGGACCAAGAAAAUGUGGCGUUGCGAGAGCGCCCGCGCCCACACCACUAUCGCCAAAUACGCCCAGUACCAGGCUGCUUCCUUCCAAGAGUCUCUACGGGUCAGCUGGACUUUAAUCUGUCCUUUUGCUUCCCCUUAGACAGCUUUGGAGUUAAAAAAGUUGAAGUGGUGUUGAACUUUUUCUUUCUUUUGUUUCAGGAGGAAAAUGAGAAGAAGGCGUUAAAGGAGCCGUCAGACACAGAGCCAGCCUCUGCAGAGAGGUAGCGUGGAUUUUUUUCCCUUUAUAACUUACUUAGUCUGAUUGUUUGGGGCCCUUUUAGAAAGCUCCAGACUCUUGGAUUUUAUUUGGCUCAGUAGUGAAUAUAGUUUUGUUUAUCUGUAUUGUUUCAAGUUUAGAGUAAUGGGUUUGAAAUAACAUUAAAAGCCAGAUGAUAUCCAGCCUCAGUUUGGGGGUUUUGGGAGCCGCUGCCCACAUAAUUAACUCUCAGACACUAUGUCAUGAUCAUAGGCAGACAUUUUUCUCUGCUACACCCUCAUCUCUUAACUGGACUGUAAUUCACUGUGUGGCUGAUUAUGUGUCUGUGUUUCAGCGCUGCACGCAAAAGGAGAGGACCCUUAAAGCACAUCAAGUUCGGAACCAACAUCGAUGUGUCGGAUGAAAAAAAGUGAGCCCGGAUUUCAUGUUUACCUCGUGUUUGAUGUUUAUUUUGUCUGUUUUCAGUAUGUACUAUAUUUUAUUACAAUUUACUACCAACAGUACUCAACUGGUCGAAGUCUCACGCAAAGGAAAGAGAAAACUUUACAUUUAAGCAGAUGAAAAAAACAGGCGGAGUUCCCCAGGGCGCCAUACUGGGGCCUCUUUAGUUUAACAUCUACUUGCUCCCUCUGGCUCAGAUUGUAAGAAUAAACUUAAUAAAAUACUAGAACAACAGAGAUGACACACUGAUCAACAGAUAAUUCAUAUCAACACAUAAUUUGAUCAUUUUGAAUAAAGACAAAACAGAGGUAGUUGUUUCUGCGUUGUGGACUUUGGUCAGAUCUCAUAAUGACCACUUUUUUUUUCUCCCCAAUCAGGUGGAAGCAGCAGCUGCAGGAGCUCAGCAAACUUCCAGCCUUCGCUCGGGUCGUAUCGGCUGGUAACCUUCUCAGCCAUGUCGGUCACACAAUCCUGGGAAUGAACACCGUCCAGCUCUACAUGAAGGUCCCUGGCAGCAGGAUACCAGGUUGAUACCCGCUCUCAGACCCUCACUUUGUUCAAUCUUUUACUGAUGGAUUAGUACAUUAAGGGGAUUUUUUUGUGUCUGCUCCAGGUCACCAGGAACACAAUAACUUCUGCGCGGUCAACAUCAACAUCGGACCAGGAGACUGUGAGUGGUUUGCAGUACCAGAGCCAUACUGGGGAGUGAUGAGCAACUUCUGUGAAAAGUAAGAAUCCCCGGAAACGAGAGUCGGAACGUGUUGAAAAAAAGGUCAUAAAGAGACAAACUGACGCUGUAUUUUCUCUCUAGAAACAACAUCAACUUCCUGAUGGGCUCGUGGUGGCCCAACCUGGAGGAUCUGUACGAGGCCGAUGUGCCCGUCUAUCGGUUCAUCCAGCGACCAGGUGACCUGGUGUGGCUCAACACGGGCACCGUGCACUGGGUGCAGGCCAUCGGCUGGUGCAACAACAUCGCCUGGAACGUUGGACCUCUUACUGGUACGGCUUUAACACUGAUGGUUGUUCAGCGGCUAAAACACAUGCGUGGUUCCAUCAUCCUGAUCGUGUUUUAUGUCUGUUUCUGAAGUGUUGAGAUUUUUCUGAUUUGAGAUGCAUACAUUUGAAUAUUAUAGUUUCCAGUAGCUAACAAAUCACAGCAGAUCAAUUCAUUUAUAAAAUAUAUUUGUUACUUUCAAUAGAAUUGUAAAUCUCAAUUCCACAAAAACCUCAUUUGAAUAUUAAAGGUCAAAGGUGUUUGUUUUUUUCCGCCCAGAAAAGUUGGAAUUUUGUCUCGUUAUGUUCCUCAAAUCGCUGCUCCCGUUCACAUUGUUCUGUAAAAGCAUUUAGAGUAAAAGGAGGCUAAAUAUUCACUUUUUUUAGGUCUGAAAGCAGCUUCAAAUCCAGAGUUAAAAUUCACAGCCUGUCAUAGAUGAAUUAUAGCUGAUAAGAUGACCUUUCCUGUUUUGUAUAAAAGGCUCUUUUCGCUGAUUGGUGACCUUUUUAGCAGAAAACUGAGCUGAUUAGAGCAGGAUCUCAUAUUCUGUCUGCAGCGGAUGCAUUUUUCACUGACAGCAUAAAUCCACAUCCAUAUUUACACCUGCUCUCAGCGUCGACAAAACACUCUCACGGUUGCUCUGUGAUGCAAAGUAUUUUCUUCCUCUGCCUUCCCAGCCCAUCAGUACAAGCUUGCAGUGGAGCGUUACGAGUGGAACAAACUCCAGAGCGUCAAGUCGAUGGUUCCCAUGGUGCACCUCUCCUGGAACAUGGCUCGCAACAUCAAAGUGUCCGACCACAAGCUGUUCGAGAUGAUCAAGUGAGUCACCGAGUCCUUCACUGUCAACACUUCCCCGCCCGCACCAGCUGCGGUCUUUUAUUUUUAUCUGACACGCUGCGUCGGUGUGUGUCGCAGGUACUGCCUGCUGCGGACGCUGAAGCAGUGCCAGUGGGUGAAGGAGGCCUUAGCGUCAGCCGGCAAGGAGACGGUGCUGAGGCCCAGGACCAGGGACGAGCCAGCCCACUACUGCACCAUCUGUGAGGUCAGUACACACACCGGGAAACACUUCAGCGUCGGGGGUGUGAUUUUUAACACAGUUUUGCAUUUCAGGGGAAGGAGAUCACACUUCUUUUUCGAGUUUGUAGGAAAAAAAAAACGUCUGAAUGUGCGAUUAAGUGCUAGGAUUCAGAAGCAUACUUCCACUCUACAUGCUAGAUAAGAUUCGGGUGUAAAUGUACAACCACAAAAAAUGCCAAAAAGUAACGUGUUCAUGAUUUGCACCAGUGAAGAUCAAUUUAAAUUUAAACAUUUAUUUAUCCUGCUUUAGUUUUGUCCCUUUUAGUGUAUUGUUAAAGUUAAAGUUGUACAGAGUUUCCCGUCAGUUUUCAUUCCCACUCUGAGCAGCGUCACACGUGUGAUCGGUGGGUAGAUUGAGGAUAAAUUAAAGGCUGACUCAGUUUUUGUCAGGGCUAAUUAAUGGAAGUGCUAAUGGCUUUAUUUGAAAGCGAGGCUUUUAUGUGGGCUGUUCAGCAGAAAUGUGCCCAUAUCCCAUUAAACGUCUGCUGUCAUUGUGUCUCCGUAAUUGUCUCAUUAUUCUCUGUCUGUGGAGCGGCUGCAGGACUCGUCUCCGCGUGACAUCAUUCAGUUUUAUUUGGACUCAUAAACAGAAGCUCAGGGUUACAAAACAAAAACGCCAAAAAAACGACGAGGAAAUUAGAGGCUUUCAUGCUGCUCCCUCAUGUGUGUGUGUGUGUGUCUGUUUGUGCGCCGUCCAGGUGGAGGUGUUCAACCUGCUGUUUGUGCGUCGGGAGCUCCUGUCCAAGAAGCAGUACGUGGUCCACUGUCAGGACUGCGCCCGGAAAGGAAGCGCCACACUGGACGACUUCGUGGUGCUGGAGCAGCACAGGAUGGAGGACCUGAUGCAGGUCUACGACCAGUUCACAUUAGUAAGUGACCAACAUGGAGAGGGGCGUGGACUCAGGAGGCUUUAUUUUGAACACGUGAAAUAAGAAUAAAACAAAAGUAGUCGAAAGAAAAUAAAGGAGAAGGAAGGAGGAUCAAGUCUGACACCUUUUAUCUGAUUUUUUUUAUCCAAUCACUAAGUGGCUCCUCAGAUGGAAAGAAAAUGUAGCAUUUAGCAUGUGCCAAUCAGGUCUGAAGACAAACAGCACUGAAGUCGAGUCUGAAUCUUUAAGUUUGUAUUUUUUAAAAUAUAAAAAGUUCGACAUUAAAAAAGUUAUUUUAGAAAGUGACAAAACCAAACAGCAAAACACAGGGUGGGUACACUUAAAAAAAAGAAAAGAAAAAAGAGGUUUUCGGAAACACAAACAACAAUCAUCUCAAGUGUGAAAGUUUUAUUUUGCAUAUCUUGUCUCUGUGUUUUUAAUCUAAAUUUGCAUUUCCAAUGUCCUCCUCCUCCUCCUCCUCCUCUCUCCGGCUCAUGCUUUAGGUUUAUUCUUCUUUUCAAGCAUUUACUGGCUCUCGGAUGAUGUAGGUUCGGUGAAGUAUUCAGACAUGUCCAAUCAAAGGUUUAAGAAGUGGAAUAAGUAACAGGUUGAUCUCAGACUUUACGAGAUUCUCUGUGACCUUUUUAGAUUUCCAAAUCUAAAGUGAAGCUUGUCAAGGAUCCUCAGGAGCAGCAGCUUAACCAUUUUCAAACUAAAAGGAGUUUUAUCCUUGAGUCCAUCUUGGUCCGCAGGAGUUUUCAGAGCAAAUUUAAUUUAGUUGUCUGUACACUCAUGUACACAAAGUUGUUUACCGUUUAUUGAAAGAUUGUUUUGGUGAGUAUUCUUACAGAGAAGCUUCAUAAGUACCUGAGAUUCAAGGUUUUCUGUCCCUGUAUGAAAUGUUUGAACUACACCGUCUAAUUGGUUGUGUUUCCUAUCUUCCCAGGCUCCUCCUCUUCACUCAUCUUCAUCUUGACAUUAGGCGUCACCUCCUCCUCCUUCUUCUUCUUCUUCUGCUGUGGAGCCAUGAAGCCAGUUUUACAGGAACUUGUAUUAAGAUUUUAAAACCAAGAACAAACAUGAAACAUACGCGGACCAUUUCUGAUAUUCAGGAAAGCCAAGGCCGUCUCCUCCCCCCCCCCCAUCCUUCACCCUCCCCUCACCACAUGGCUGGUCUCCAUAGCGACGGCCGGAGGCUGUGGCGGCCGAGCGUGUCUGUCUAUGCAACCUGUUUUUGAAGUGCUGGAGCCUCGCCCUUCCAGAGGGGGGCGUCGGCGAGCUCGCUAACAGGACUUAUAUUUUUUUUUCCCCUGUCGCUCCUCUCCCUCCCCUCCCGGCCCCCUCUUAUGACAAUGGUUCCACCCUGUUUUAAUGGAGGACUUAAUCAGAAACGGUUGGGAACAGGGGGGACGAGGGGGAGGAGGAGGAUGAGGAGGAUUCUUAACGCGUGAUAAAAACGUUUUGUAGAUACUUGUUAACUGUCACAACUGGCAACACCACCCGUAAAAGACUACUGACUUGACAACCUGUCCCUCUUCUUCCCCUUUCUCCUUUUUUAUUCUGGUAACAGGAUGAAAUGUCGACUUUGUUUUCUAGAAAUUUCUCCUCGAUUUUUCUUCUUCUGUUUUUUCCUUCCAAGGAGCACUAGCCUAACUGGUCUUUUUCUAUGGUAGAUAGUAAUUUUAAGACUCUUUCGACAGCAAAAUCUCCAAAAAAAUUUGUAAUGUGAAGAGUUUAGGUGAUUUUUCUUUCCUUUUUGUUUGUUUCUUUAUUUUUUUUUUUACAGCUUUUACGUUUUAUCUUUGUCUCGUUCUUUUCAUGACGUUUUUUUGUUUGUUUCUUAGGUAAAAAAAGGAAAAAUUUAGGAAAAAAAACUUACUAGCCAAGUCACAAAGAGAAUGGGUUGCACAUAGACUUACAGAAUAAAAAGUUUAAUUUGUGAUUUUUUUUUUUUGUUUUUGUUUUGUUGUUUCUAAUCUUGAUGUAAAUUUACACUAUUUAUAAAUACAUAUUUAUUGCUUGAAAAUAUUUGUUGAUGGAAUGCUGUUAUUUUUUCCAGAGUACCUGCCAUUAAAUUUGAAGGAGUUUUGUCAUUUUAACACGACUCCUCUUACAUUUUCUAUAUAUAAAUAAAAUUGCUUAGCAAGCAUUGUACAGAAACGGACAUUUAAAAUUGUUUUAUUGUUUGAAGAAUGUUUUAUGAUGAGUCAAUAAACACAAAGUUGUCAAAUUACACCUUUUCUGGUUCCUUGAACACACCGCCACACUUUUAUUUAGUCUUUCAGUGACAUAAACAGCAGAAAAUAAUAACAACUUUAUGAAUUGAAUUGAAGGCCAAUUUGAUUUUUCAUAAGAAACCCAGACAAUACAAGAACCCUACAACAUAUAAUGAGACCAUGAGGACCAAAAAAAAAUUACAAAAAGCAGGAAACAGGACAGUAAGUAUAAAAGAGGAUAUUAAUUAUUAAAGAGACAGAAAUGCUUUAAAAAAUACAGAAACGUGAACGAGUACAGGCCUGAAACCCAGCAGACAAUGUAGCUGUAGACUGACACACACAGAAUCCUACACUGUAUGCCAGGUCCAGGACUUACCCUUAUCCAUGUUUGUCACCCAAACUACAAAUACAGUUUUUGAUUUAUUAUGCUAAAAGCUUUUAAGAGAUUUCAAGUCUUUAUUUACACCAGGAGACUUAAAUUCAGUGAAACAGUCAGCUUUUACGCCGUCCCGGAAACAAGCCGCCAGCAGAGACCCAGUAGCCAGAUGUAGCUGCUGCCAGCCCCACAGGAUCUACACUGACUACUGAGCAACUACUAAGCACCCCGUGGCUCUUCAGCUCCAUUUUGAGCCAAAAUGGCCGCCACAGCUGCUGCACUGCAGCCAAGAGUGGAAGUGAGGAGGAGGAAACAGCUUCACGCAGAGGGAAACGGUGAACAAGCAGGUUUCCAGGUGUAACGAUGCAGGUGUGGAGACAGAGCGUAAACAAUAGAGUCAAUAAAAAAUACAACAUACUAUUACAGAGGAGGGAAGGUUGAUACAAGCACACUUGCACUUCUAAAAAGACUAAAAGUUCUCAAUGAGUAACAGGGCAUGUGUAGGUGGAGGUGCAUGUGAUAAAAUAGCUCAAGUCCUGAAGCUCCAACAUUGAUGUCAAGAUGGCUGUCCGAUCCCAACAGACGCCGUGUCCUCUCCGACGGGAACAGAUGGAUGCAGGAGGACUUUCUGUCGCCUUUCCUGGUGGGUUCAUCUGACAGGAGCCCUGCAAAGAGAAAGAAGCCAUGGUGAGACUCACUUCAUAACGUACGAGUUUAUGCAAGAAGUUCGACUGUGAAACUGCAAACAAAGACAACAAAAUGGCAGAGUUUACCGCUGUGGGAAAUCAAGACCCAAACAUUUAAUAUGCAAUAUUUGAAACAAGAAGAGGAGCUGAAGUCUCUGGUGGUGCAAACAAGUGCUGAUAUGUGCUUAUGUAUUUCGUUGCUGCUGAGCAUCAUCUCUCGAAGACCUCGACUCUCCACCUACACCUCAUCUACUUUGUGGACGUGGGCUGAAAACGGGUGAUUCUAGGAAAUGAGAGGCCUGUUUUAGCACAGGAAGCAUGCAUCAGUUAAAGAGAAGUCUGAGGCUACAAAGGCAGGAAACUCAAGUUGUGUGGCAAUUGUGACAUAUGUUGAAAAAAAAAAAAGACGGUGGAGCGUGGCUGUGAAUUUGUAAGCAUGGGAAACAGAUCCAAGAACUGAUAUGUACAAGUCUCAGGAGGACUAGACUUGAAUGUGAAUGAGUGAAGCUCUCAAAGUUUGUUUUUUAACUGAGAAAUUAAAAUCAUGAUGAAAAAAAAAGAGGAAAAGGUGUGAAUACUCCUUCACUUUCCUCUGCUUGUACUCUCCACCUAUAUCCUCUGUGUAAUCUGGCAAUAAUCCAGCAGAGAGGUAUGUGAACUCUGUUUGCACCGCACCACAAACCGGCCCCCCCUUUGACCAAUCCAGAGCUCCUAACAAUGUCCGCCUGUGUCACACUGGGGGGACACAAGAGAAAAGAGUGAGAAAGAAGGGGUUAAACCAGCACUGUGAUCCCUCACCCCUCUUUCUCCCCCUCUCCUUCCUUCCUGUUCCCGGCGCAUUGGCGUUUCCGCUUUUGUGAGAAACAGACAGGUGGCCAUGACUGCUAAUUUUACUCGUCCCGACUGUCUGCCUGCGUUUCCCACAGCUAUGUAUAGACUCCUGCAAUAAACCAAGUAGGUCAGUGUGUGAGGCACAAACACACAACUGCACACACACACACACACACACACACACACACACACAUGCAUCAGGCCCUGACCUCUAAAAAUGUCUGACUCCUCCA